AUGGUCAUGAAGCUCGAGAUCCUUUUGGCCCUCUGCGCUGUGGCAGCUGCUUCGCCUCUUCCUAACGGAGGCAAUGGCAUCCUGGCCGACUUGGCCGAUGUUAACAUUGGAGAGGGACACCAAGAUGAGACUUCAAUCGUCGGCCGAUCUGACAAGCGCGACAUUGGCCCAAAGAUGUCCGGAGGCAUCGUGUCCUCUACCACCAACGUCGUCGACACUGACAUCGCCUUCGACUCUCGGCGCCAUGGAAACGGAUGGAAGCGUGCCGCAAACGGUGGAAACGGCAUUUUGAGUGAUGUUCUGGACGCCAACAUCGGAUCGCACAAUCAAGAUGAGACUAAGACCAUUUACUUUGCGGACCACGAUGACCACCGCUAUGACCACCACGAUGCCCACUACGAUGCCCCCCACCACGAUGCCCACUACGAUGACCACCACGAUGACCACCACGGCUACAAGCGUGCCGCAAAUGGAGGCAAUGGAAUCCUAGCAGACGUGGCCGAUAUUAACAUUGGACAGGGCAACCAGGAUGAAACCUCUGCCAUUUUCACCAGCCCUGGCCACGCCAGGCGUGAUAUUGGCCCAAAGUUCUUCGGAGGCGUUGUCAAAUCGAAUACCAACGUCGUUGACACUGAUAUUGAUGUCGACUCUGACAGCGCCUCCUCCCAUGGACCCGCCAAGCGACCCGCCAAGCGCGUGACAUUGGCCCAAAGUUCUUCGGAGGCGUUUUCACAACGACUACCAACGUCGCUAAAACUGAUAUUGAUGUCGACUCUGACCGUGGCCUAG